AGUUACUCGACUCUCAGAACUCGGACAGCGCGCAACACACACGGUACGGUGCAACGAUGCUUACCUCAACUGCAUAUAAAUCACGCACACACACAACCGCACACGCGCACCCACAUAAAUAGGUUUAGUUCUGUUCCGUUCGGAGAAUGUUGUGUUUUUGGAGAGAGGUAUUCGCAAAGUGAUAGCACACGCGCCCGCAGAAAAUUAAUAUUCAUCAAAGGUUCCAACAUCAACGCCGCGUCGUGUAAUAAUUACAAAGUCGAAGUGUCCCUUGAAAUGUGCUCGAAAAUGUUCCGCGAGUUCUAGCAACCCGGAGAGUUACACUUCGUAUAUCGAGUAUACACGAAGAAAAAACGAAACGAAGCUUCGCCACGACAAAAAAAUAACUAUAUUGCAAAAAGCUGAAAAAAUAUAUUUUGCAGGCUCCAUUAGACGCAGCAGCUAAAGGGAAGCCGAAAAUAUGUGCGCGGACUUUUUCCUGGCAAUCCAGGGGAAUUGAUUUCCUUUCGUUUUCCCCUACACACCUCCCACUCACCACUUACUCACCCUAUAUAUAUGAGUUGCAUAUAGGGAACGGAGCCAACCUUUUUCCCCAAUUCACUCGUAAGCUGCAAUUGAUCCAUCACUAUGCUGAUCCACUACUAUCCCUGGUGCCUGCUUGCUGUGGUCUUCAGCCUAGCACAAGAACAGCCCCAGCAGCAGCAACACACGGAACCCCUGUCAACCAAGCACCAGCAGCAUCAGCAGGCACACUCGAAUGCCAUCAUGGGCGAGGCCGGUGCGUCCAACACUCAGCUCCUGCAGCCCUCCACUCCAGCCAGGACGCUGCGUCCCCUGUCGGAAGGGUUCCCUGGAGCUGAUGGCUUGAGGGAUCCCGCCCUAUACGAUGCCCCCGAUGACUGUCACUUUAUGCCCGCUGCCGGCCUGGACCAGCCAGAGAUUGCACUUACCUGCAACCUGAGGACGGUCAACAGCGAAUUCGACACGACCAAUUUCAGUGUGAUUCCAGCGGAUCACACGGUGGCCCUUCACAUCCUUUGCAACGAUGAGAUCAUGGCCAAGAGCCGACUGGAGGCGCAGUCCUUUGCCCACCUGGCGCGCCUCCAUCAGUUGUCCAUCCAGUAUUGCAAGCUGGGGAAGCUGGGACGCCAGGUUCUCGACGGUCUCGACCAGCUGCGAAACCUGACGCUGCGAACCCAUAACGUCCUUUGGCCUGCGCUUAACUUCGAGAUUGAGGCGGAUGCCUUCGCAGUGACCAAGCAGCUGGAACGUCUGGAUCUGAGCUCGAACAACAUUUGGUCCCUGCCGGAAAACAUCUUCUGCGCUCUGUCUGCACUGUCUGCUCUUAAUAUGAGCGAGAAUCGCUUGCAGGAUGUCAACGAAUUGGGAUUCAGGGACCGCAGCAAAGAGCCCUCAGCCACAGCCUCGACGGAGUCGAGUUCCUCCACGGAGUCGGCGAAGCGUGGAGCUGGAGGCAGCAGUACCAGCAGCUGCUCUUUGGACCUGGAGUUCCUUGAUGUGAGUCACAAUGAUUUUGUCGUUCUGCCCGCGAAUGGCUUUGGCACCCUGCGACGCCUUCGCGUUCUGGCCGUAAACAAUAAUGGAAUCUCAAUGAUUGCCGACAAGGCUUUGAGUGGCCUGAAGAACCUCCAGGUGCUUAAUCUUAGCUCCAACAAGAUUGUGGCCCUGCCCACGGAACUAUUUGCGGAGCAGGCCAAGAUAAUUCAGGAGGUAUAUCUGCAGAAUAACUCUAUCAGUGUGCUAAAUCCCCAGCUGUUCUCGAAUCUGGACCAGCUGAAGGCCCUAGACCUCUCCAUGAAUCAAAUAACCUCCACAUGGAUUGACCGGAGCACAUUUGUGGGUCUUAUUCGAUUAGUGUUGCUUAAUCUGUCACACAACAAGCUGACCAAGCUGGAGCCGGAAAUCUUUAGUGACCUAUAUACGCUGCAGAUUCUCAACCUGCGCCACAACCAACUGGAGAACAUUGCCGCGGACACCUUCGCACCGAUGAACAACCUGCAUACGCUUCUGCUGUCCCACAAUAAGCUCAAAUACCUGGAUUCCUACGCCCUGAACGGGCUUUAUGUGCUGUCGCUGUUGUCACUGGACAAUAAUGCACUGAUUGGAGUGCAUCCGGACGCCUUUCGCAACUGCAGUGCCCUGCAGGAUCUCAAUUUGAAUGGCAAUCAGCUAAAGACAGUGCCCUUGGCACUGCGCAGCAUGCGACAUCUGCGCACUGUGGACCUGGGUGAGAACAUGAUUAGAGUGAUGGAGGAGAGUGCUUUCAAGGGCCUGCGAAAUCUGUACGGCCUGCGCUUGAUUGGCAACUAUUUGGAAAAUAUUACCAUGCACACGUUCCGAGAUCUUCCCAGCCUGCAGAUACUUAAUCUGGCCCGAAAUCGAAUUGCUGUCGUCGAGCCGGGAGCCUUCGAGAUGACUUCCAGCAUUCAGGCAAUCCGAUUGGAUGGAAAUGAGCUGAAUGAUAUCAAUGGUCUGUUUAGCAAUAUGCCCUCCCUUUUGUGGCUCAACAUCUCCGAUAAUCGUCUUGAGAGCUUCGAUUAUGGUCAUGUGCCAUCUACACUACAAUGGUUGGACUUGCACAAGAACCGCUUGUACGCCCUGUCUAAUAGAUUCGGAUUGGAUGCCGACCUGAGGCUUCAGACUCUGGACGUAAGCUUCAAUCAGAUUCAGCGUAUUGGUCCUAGUGCUAUACCCAACUCCAUAGAGUUGUUGUUCUUGAAUGACAACCAAAUCACCACCGUGGAUCCGGACAGUUUCAUGCACAAGUCGAACCUCACCCGGGUAGACCUGUAUGCCAAUCAGAUAACCACACUGGACAUCAAAUCGCUGCGUAUUCUACCUGUGUGGGAGCACCGUGCCUUGCCCGAGUUCUAUAUUGGGGGAAAUCCCUUCACCUGUGACUGCAACAUCGAUUGGCUGCAAAAGAUCAAUCAUAUUACGUCGCGUCAGUACCCUCGCAUAAUGGACCUCGAGACCAUCUACUGCAAGCUGCUCAACAACCGCGAGAGGGCCUAUAUUCCCCUGAUUGAGGCCGAGCCCAAGCAUUUCUUGUGCACGUACAAGACGCACUGCUUUACCGUCUGCCAUUGCUGCGAGUUCGAUGCCUGCGACUGUGAGAUGACCUGUCCCAGCAACUGCACUUGCUUCCACGACCAGACCUGGUCCACAAAUAUAGUUGAGUGCUCAGGCGCUGGCUACACGGAGAUGCCGCGUCGCGUGCCCAUGGACACCACAGAGCUCUACAUCGACGGUAAUAACUUUAUGGAACUGGCAGGGCACUCAUUCCUUGGCAGGAAAAAUUUGGUCGUCUUGUUUGCCAACAACUCGAAUGUGGUCUACAUACACAACACAACGUUCAGUGGACUGAAGCGCCUGCUGAUUCUGCAUUUGGAGGAUAAUCACAUAGUCUCGCUAGAGGGCAACGAGUUCAACAACCUGGAAAAUCUGCGGGAGCUAUAUCUGCAAACCAAUCGGAUUGCCAGCAUAGCGAAUGGUAGCUUUCAGAUGCUUAGGAAGCUGGAGGUGCUUCGACUCGACGGCAACCGACUGAUGCACUUUGAGGUGUGGCAAUUGAGUGCUAAUCCGUAUCUGGUGGAGAUCAGCCUGGCGGACAACCAAUGGAACUGCGAGUGCGGCUACCUGGCCCGCUUUCGCAACUAUCUGGCUCAGAGCUCCGAGAAGAUUAUCGAUGCUUCUCGGGUCAGCUGCAUCUACAACAACGCCACGAGUGUGCUGCGAGAGAAGAACGGGACCAAGUGCACCCUGAGGGAUGGAGUGGCUCACUACAUGCACACAAAUGAGAUUGAAGGAUUGCUACCCCUGCUCCUGGUAGCCACCUGCGCUUUUGUAGCCUUCUUUGGUCUCAUUUUUUGCCUUUUCUGCUACCGUCACGAGCUCAAGAUGUGGGUUCAUUCUACCAGCUGCUUAAUGAACUUCUGCUAUCGCUCGACUCGUUUCGUGGACCAGUUGGACAAGGAACGACCCAAUGAUGCCUACUUUGCGUACAGCCUGCAGGACGAUCCCUUUGUAAAUCAGAUUCUGGCCAAUACCCUAGAGAGCGACAUUGGGUAUCGCCUAUGCCUGCACUAUAGGGACGUUAACAUCAAUGCGUACAUAGCAGAUGCCUUGAUCGAGGCAGCGGAGAGUGCCAAGCAGUUUGUCCUGGUCCUAUCCAAGAACUUCCUGUACAACGAGUGGUCCCGGUUCGAGUACAAGAGCGCUCUUCACGAGUUGGUCAAGCGAAGAAAACGAGUUGUCUUUAUCCUGUAUGGAGACCUUCCUCAGAGGGACAUCGAUCUCGAUAUGCGGCACUAUCUCCGGACGAGCACGUGCAUUGAGUGGGACGACAAGAAGUUCUGGCAAAAAUUGAGACUGGCUCUCCCCUUGCCCCAAGGUCGAACCAACAAUAACAAGAGGGCUACGGGCUGCCUGGCAGCCCAAGCUCCUUUGGCCAACAUGUACUCGUCCUCUCAUGAAUACCAAUCAGGGGGGACUACAGUUGGUGGAGUGCCUGUGCCCCCUCCAGCGGCUCGUCUGGGCGACAAACUCUAUGCAGACUGCAGCAGCAGCAACAACUACGCCACGAUCAACGAGUGCGGUGCUGUGGGCAGUACCAGAGGCGCGGGCUACAAGCCCAUUCCUACAUCAGCUUCAGCAGCCGCCGCCGCCUGCAAGUUCAACACGAUGAACCAGCUGUCCAAGAAGCAGCACGAGCUCAGUGUGGGCGUCGGGAUGGCCAAGACACUGGAGCACCAGCACCAUCAUCAUCAUCCCCUGCAGCAGCCGCAUCCGAAUCGGCGGAGUCAGCAUGAGUACGCCGUUCCUGCGUAUGUUCCCAAUGCUGCUCCAGCCUACGACAGCGUGGACUACUCCAAGCAGCAACUCCAGCAGCAACGCAGUAACUGCGAGUGUAUCAGCCAAGGAACCGGUAAGCGCGUCCUGGCUAAAAGCUCCGCGACCACCGUUCUGCCCUCCAGCUUCAGUUCCAACUUUGUGCCGCUACUCGGUCCCACUGGGGGAGCCUACAAUUGCAAGAAGCCCUGCAACUGCAAUGCGGACGACGAACUGGUUUGUGGUUGCAUGGGCUUGGAGAGCGGAACCCAGAGCAGUGUGACGAUGAGUAGCAGCAGCAACAAUAGCAGGCAGCCGGAGUUAACGCAUUACGAGUCCAAUCUGAGCCUAAACGAGCUGGAGGACAAUGUCCAGGACGGCAAACAACUGCAUAAUCUAUGGGCGUAACGGGCAGGGCAGCAGGGCAGGCGGAGGAUAUCGCAAAAUGGAGGAGAUAAGAGGCAGAGACAGUGUGCGAAACCAGUGAAUUUAUAAAUAAUUAAUAACCGUAAACAAAACACAAGAGCAUUCGAAAAACCAACUCAAACUGAUAAAACUGAUAUUGGGAUAUCUUAUUAAUAGAAUGGAUAAGAAGUUAAAAAAUAAUACUUUUAGGCAUGGUUUGAAACAGACUGAUACUUUUAGUUAUUGAAUACAUUUACCGUUAAAAAACUCCAAUGUAAAUAAAAAAAAUACGAAAAGAUGAAAAAAUAUGUUGGUAACACUACUUGACAAAAUC